AUGGAAGAAGUCCAUGGAUCUACAUAUAGUAUACAUCCUGGAUCAACAAAGAUGUAUCAUGACAUCAAGAAGAUGUAUUGGUGGAGUGGAAUGGAAAAGGAUAUUGCGGAGCUUUGGGAACGGAUUACAAUGGAUUUCGUAGUCGGUUUGCCAAAAGCACAAAAAGGCUAUGAUUCUAUAUGGGUAGUUGUGGAUCGUCUGACAAAGUGCGCUCACUUUAUUCUUAUUAAGACGACGUAUACUGCGGCAAAGUUGGCACAAUUCUAUCAUUUGAGCAUUGAAAUGGCUCCUUAUGAAGCUUUUUAUGGACCUAAGUGUAGAUCCCAUAUAUGUUGGAAUGAAGUUGGAGGACAGGAGCAGAGACUGUUUAGAUUACCUCGGAAAAGUUACGUACAUUCCAAGAGAAAAGACGUAGAGUUUCAAGUUGAAGACUGUGUUUUUUUCAAAAAAUCACCGAUGAAAGGUGUAAUACGUUUUGGCAAGAAAGGAAAGUUAUCACCAAGGUAUAUGGGACCAUACCCGAUUAUAGAACAAAUGUAUUUAGAUAUGUUCGUAGUCAUUGUUCCUUUAAUAUUUUGA